AUGAAUACAAAUAAUAAUAAUAAUAAUAAUAACAACAACAAUUAUUAUGUUGGUAGUGGUAACAACAACAACAACAACAGCAAUAGUAAUAAUAAUCAAAAUAAUAUAAACAACCAAAAUAAUCAAAACAACCAAAACAAUCAAAAUAAUAAUAAUAAUAAUGACUUUUAUGAUUAUAGAUCAUAUAAAAAAAAAAAAACAUAUCAUGAUAAUAAUUAUAAUAACUAUAACUAUAAUAAUAAUAAUAAUAAUAAUAAUAAUAAUUAUUACAAUAAUAAUAAUAAUAAUAAUAGAGGAUAUCAAAAUUAUAAUUCACAAGCAACAGCGAUUGUACCAAUUAGAACAAUUAAAGAUAAUAUAUUAUUUAAUGAAAUUUUAAAUCAAAAACAAUAUUCAAAUGAUGAUUUAUUAAAAUCAGUUAAUAUUUGGAUUGAAUUAGUUAGGGAUGAAAAAGAAUCAAAUGUAAAAGAGAACUUAAUAAAAUUAAUUGAACAAGCCUAUCCAUAUGGUGAUGUUAGAACCUUAUUAGAUUCUGUAAUACCAACAUUUUGUUGUAUAUUCAGACCAGAGUAUUUAAAAAUUGUAAUUAAAAGUAUGGUUAAUCAAAUUUUAAUUGGUAAAAUACCAUACGGUUCAAACUUACCACCAUUCUACUCUUUCAAAAAGUUAUUCACAAUUAAUGAAGGUAAGAAACUUGGUGAUGAAGAAUUGCAACAACAACAACAACAACAGCAACAACAACAGCAGCAGCAACAGCAACAACAUCAUUAUAACCAUUAUCAACAUCAAUAUCAAAAUCAAUAUCAAAAUCAAUAUCAAAAUCAAUAUCAAAAUCAAUAUCAACGUCAAAGACAACAACAGCAGCAACAACAGCAACAACAGCAACCACAAAUGAAUUACACAUAUGGUAUUGGUGGUGGUUUAGUUGUACCAAUUCAAUCGUUGUACUCUAUAAAUAAUCCAAUACAAUUACAAGAUAAUAAUAGUAUACCACUUCAAAUAUUAUUUGAAUUAAGUAGUUAUAAUUUAAUAAAUAUAGUAAAUAAUCAAUUUGAUAAUGAAAAGAAGAAGGAUAAUCAGGAUAAUAAGGAUAAGGAUAAGGAUAAUAAAAAUAAAAAUAAUGAAUAUUUAAUUAGUAUGUGGAUAUUGGAUUGUUUAAUAAGAUCACCAGUUGCAAUAAUUGAAAGUUAUUUUCACACUUUAUUUAAUAUUCACAAUCAACCAAUUCAAAUAUUAGGUUCACGUUUAUUUUCAACACUUACAGAUUCAUUCAAUGAUAAACAACAUUCACUUUUAUCAAUUCUAUCAAAAUCAAUUAGACUUCAUAUAUUAUCAUUAUUUCAAUCAUCACCACAACAAACACAACAACAACAACAACAACAACAACAACAACAACAACAACAACAACAACAACAACAACAACAACAACAACAACAACAACAACAACAACAACAACAACAACAACAAACACAACCAUUACCAAUUGGAUCAAAGAAAGUACAAUAUAUUCUACAUACAUUAGUACCUCAAUUAGUAUUAUAUCAAACUGAAUUCAUUUCAAAUGAUUAUCAAAUGAUUAUAAUUCAAUAUUUUUCAAAUACAAAUAGCUCUUUUAUUCAUAGAUUCAUUCAUAAUUUAAUCUCUUUAUCUUCUGAAGAUAAUGGUAAUGAUGAUUUAAAUGAUAAUAUUGUUAUGAAAUUGAUUGAAAUUUUAAUGAAUAGUAAUAAAUUUAGUUCAAUUAAUAUUCAAAAUCAUUUUUUACCGCCAAUACUUCAAGGUUUAAAUGAAGACUCUAUUAAAGAUAAAGCUAAAUCAAUUUUAGAAUUAAUUAUUAAUUCAAAUAGAUUCAAUAUAAUUUUAUUUGGUUCAAAUUAUUCAACAUCAAUAAUUAAUAAUAAAAAUAAUAAUAAAAAUAAUAAAAUUAGUAAAAUUAAUAAAAAUAAUGAAAAAGAAAAAGAAAAAGAAAAAGAAAAAGAAAAAGAAAAAGAAAAAGAAAAAGAAAAAGAAAAAGAAAAACAAAAAGAAAAAGAAAAAGUAAAAGAAAAAGAAAAAGAAAAAGAAAAGGGAAAGGAAAAAGAAAAAGAAAAAGAAAAAGAAGUUUCACAAAUUUAUUUUUCAGAAUCACAAAUUUUAAAUGGAUUUGAAAAUUUGAAUAAUUUAUUAUCAAUGGUUAAUGGCUAUAGUUCAGAUAUUCAAACAUUGUUUGUUUGCUUAUGGGAAACCUAUCUUGAGCAACAAUUGGAUAAUAGUGAUAAUGUUACAAAUCAAUAUUGGUAUAUAAAACAACUGAUUUCACAUUAUAAUCAAUUUGAAUUUGAAUUAAAAGAAAUGACAAAACGUUUAUUAGUUAGGUUUUUAAAUAAUUUCAUUCAUCAAAAUAAUCAGUUCGAUUCAAAGAUAAUUUCAGUAUUCUCUCAACUAUCUUAUAAUUUAUUUUUCAUUUCUUCAACUUCUUUUCAAUAUUUUAAUAAUAAUAAUAAUAAUAAUAAUAAUAAUAAUAAUAAUAAUAAUAAUAAUAAUAAUACAACUACUACAUCCUCUUCAUCCUCACUAACAACAACAACAACAACAACAACAAAGACAACGACAACAAAAUUUAUUAAAACAAGUGAAAAAUCUUUAGUUGAUCCUGCAAUACCAUUAUUUUUAGAUUUUAUACAAUUUAUUAUAAAUCAUUUCACAAAGAAUCAUAUAGUCUAUAAAAGUGUUGUUAAAUCUAUUCAACAAAUUAUAAACAAUAUAACAUUAUUAGAUAGUUGCAUACUUUUAAAGAAUAAUAUUCCCACUUUUUCUUUAAAUGAUGAUUUUGAAAAUAGAUUAAAAUCAAUUCAACCACAACAACAACAACAACAAAGCCAGCAACACAAUCAGCAACAACAACAAAGAAAUGCUAAUAUUAAUAAUAAUAAUAUUAAUAUUAAUAUUAAUAAUAAUAUUAAUAGGAAUAAGGAAUCAAUUGAUUUUAAUAUGGAUAAUAAAACAAUGGGAAUAAAUGAAAUUCAAAUGUCAUUAGAGUUCUUAUAUAGUUUAAUAGUUUCAAGCACUGAUACAAAUGAUAUCAAUAAUAACAUCAACAAAAAUGAUGAAGAGAGUUGUAAUAGUAUAAUUUAUAAAAAUGUUAAAGAUUUUCUUUUAGAUAUUUUAUCCAAUGAUGAUAGAUUAAGGGAUGGUAUAAUGUCAAUGUUAGUUUUAAAUGACAUUACUUUUAAAACUAUUUCUUUGAAACUAUUAUUGCAAAUUGAAAAAAGUAAUAAUAGUAAUAGUAUUAUCAAUAGCAAUAAUAAUAAUAAUAAUAAUAAUAAUAAUAAUAAUAAUAAUAAUAAUAAUAAUAAUAAUAAUAAUAAUUAUUGGAAUUCACAAGAAAAAGUUGAAUUAUUAUUUAAUAAUUUAUUGGAACCAAAUUUAUUUGAAUUAUGUUUAGAAUUCCUUCAAAUCAUUAAAACCAGUAACUAUCAAUCAAUAAUGUCUUCUUUAUUACAAAAAUUGGCAAAAUUAGAUAACAAUUCAUCAGAGAAUAAUUCAUCAAAUGCAAUCAUUACACUAAUUGAAGAGAUUUUAAUUAAAAAUAAUCAUUUAAUAAUUGAUAUUCUUCAAUUUUUAAUUUCAAAUUUAUUUAAUCCCUAUAAUUUUAAUAAUAAUAAUAAUAUUAAUAAUAAUAGAAAUAGUAAUAAUAAAAACUAUAUAAAUGGUAAUUUAUUAGUACUACUUCAAAAAUUACAAAUACUAUUACCAAAUUUAUAUAAUAACGAUAAUAAUAAUAAUAAUAAUAAUUUAUUCAAAGAAAUAAUUUCGAAAUCUUUAAAAAAUAUUGAAAAAUAUGAAAAUAAUAUUCAGCUACUUCAAUAUCAAUUACUUUCCAAUAUAAUAUUUAAUAAUAAUAGUAAUAAUAAUAAUUUAUUGGAGACUAAAUUCUUUAAUGAAUACUUAUCAUCAUUAAUUCAAGGGGUUGUAUCUUCACAUUUCUCUGUAAGAAUAUUAUGCCAAACUAUUAUUCAAGAAUUUAUAAAUCAAAAUCCAAUUCUAUAUAAAAAACGAGUUGUUGAUUAUAUUUUAUAUAGACUAAAAUCAUUACAAGUAUAUUCAGAAUACAAUGAACAAAUACCAUUUUUAAGAAAAUCUUUUGAAGCUAUCCAAAUUUCUUCUUUAUUAAACUCUCAAUAA